GAUUGUUAAAAAGCGCUUUUAGCAAGUCUAGAAACACUCCCUCCCAAACAUAACGUGCCAUGAAGAAGUUGUGACUUUAAGGAAGACUCCAAUAUGGCCAUGUCGUUCGACUGUUUAACACAGACCUCUUUAUGACAUGUCGUUUUUGUAACAAGGAAAAAGGGCCAAAAAAAAAAAAAAAGCAGGAAGGAGGGGGGAACGACCAUGUCGUUGUAAUGAAUCGGAAAUUCAGAAAUUCAGAAAUAGAAGCGAUUCUCUCUCUCUUUCCUCUUCUGUACAUCGGCAAUGGAAGUUCGUCUGCUUGUCCUCUGCAUCUCAUUGGUUGCUUUACACUCUGUUCUAGCUGGAGCAGAUAUAUCCGAUGCUUCAGCAAGUCGAAGAGAUAUCAGUAAAUAUCAACCGUUGUGUGAUUGCGAGCAAUGCCAAGACAGCAAGGAAGAAGGUGUAUCUUCUGUCAUUGGAGCCAGCACUCUUCCAGAUGAAAAGAAUAUUGACAUAAUUGCGACAUACAGCAACAAUCUUGGAGCUGUGCGGAGUAGUAGGGUUAAAAUGGGGGAUCUGUCUGCUUCCUGGGUCUUGGAAAAUCCUGUUGAUGGAAGGCAUGACCAUCCAAAGAGUUUUCAGAUGGUUGAGGAUCCAUUUCAAUCUGGAAUGACCUUUGAAGAGAAGACUGAGCAUCCUCCAGAUGAUCAUCAAGCUGGAGUAGGUGAACUUCCAUAUUCUCGUCUAUCAUCAAUGAGCCCAGUGAAGCUCAAGCGGCGGGAAAUGCGGCAAGAAAGGAGGAAUCUUCGGACUGCAGAGUUGAUAGGAAAAGAUAAAGAAGCUAAUAACCAGAUGGCAGCAGCAGCAAUUGAACGAUCAAAAGGCUUUGACCCCAUUGUCAAGGGAAAGUACAGCAUAUGGAGAAGUGAUUAUGAAAGCCCAAAUUCUGAUUCAACCUUGAAACUUAUGCUGGAUCAGAUUAUAAUGGCCAAAGCUUACGCAAACAUUGCCAAGUCUAAGAAUGAAAGCAAUCUUUAUAAUUCUCUCAUGAAACACUCAAAACUUAGUCAGCAUGCUAUCGGAGAAGCGAGUUCUGAUGUUGAGCUUCAUUCGAGUGCACUUAACCGAGCAAAAGCAAUGGGUCGCGUUCUCUCUAUAGCAAAGGACAAAUUAUAUGACUGCCUCACUGUGGAAAGGAAGCUAAGAGCCAUGCUUCAGUCAACUGAAGAGAAUGUAAGUGAUCUGAAGAAAAAGAGUGCAUUCUUGACUCAGCUUGCCGCAAAAACAGUCCCUAAACCGUUACAUUGCCUUCCUCUACAACUUGCAUCCGACUAUUUCUUGCUGGGUUAUCAUAGUAGAGAGGAUGUAAACAAAGAAAAGCUUCAGGAUCCUUCUCUCUAUCACUAUGCUAUCUUUUCCGAUAAUGUUCUAGCGACAUCAGUGGUUGUUAAUUCUACUGUGCUGCAUGCGAAGGAACCCAACAAGCAUGUUUUCCAUGUAGUCACCGAUAAACUAAAUUAUGCUGCUAUGAGAAUGUGGUUUCUUGUCAACCCUCCUGUAGGAGCAACAAUCCAGGUUGAAAACAUUGACGAUUUCAAGUGGCUGAAUUCUUCUUCGUGUUCUGUUCUCCGUCAACUUGAAUCCGCCAGACUUCAAGAAUAUUAUUUCAAGGCAAAUCAUCCUUCAUCCCUCUCACUGGGUUCUGAUCAUCUCAAAUAUCGGAAUCCAAAAUACUUGUCCCUGCUGAAUCAUCUCAGAUUCUACCUUCCUGAUGUUUACCCAAAGUUGGACAAGAUCCUAUUUUUGGAUGAUGAUAUUGUAGUUCAGAAGGAUUUGACACCUCUUUGGUCUGUUGAUCUUCAAGGGAUGGUAAAUGGUGCAGUGGAGACCUGUAAAGAGAGCUUCCAUCGGUAUGAUAAAUAUCUCAACUUCUCAAAUCCAAUAAUCUAUGCAAAUUUCGAUCCAAAUGCUUGUGGCUGGGCAUUCGGCAUGAAUAUCUUUGACUUGAAGGAGUGGAGGAAGCGAAACAUCACUGGAAUAUAUCAUCGUUGGCAAGACAUGAAUGAGGAUAGAACUCUUUGGAAGCUUGGUACAUUGCCACCAGGACUCAUAACCUUUUAUAACCUGACCCAUCCGCUGGAUCGGGGCUGGCAUGCGUUGGGACUUGGCUACGACCCAGCCCUCAAUCAAACGGCAAUAGAGAAUGCAGCUGUUAUCCAUUACAAUGGAAACUACAAGCCAUGGCUAGAUUUGGCCAUUUCAAAGUACAAGGCAUACUGGUCAAAAUAUGUAAUGUUUGAUAACCCUUAUCUUCGACUUUGUAGCAUCAGUGAAUAGAAGAAAACUAAACACCCCCUCCCCCCUUCCCCUUCAAACACACAUGCUCUUGUAAAAUUUGUUGUCCAAAGAAGAAAUGGAAAUUCAAAAUUCUUUAUUUCUA